AUGAGUAAGUCUAACUCAAGAAGGAAUGUACAAAGGGAUAAGGCACAGAAGAUAGACGUGGGUCGGAUCCGGAUGUUCGGAAGUCCAGAGACAGGUCGGAUCCGGAGAUCCGGAGAUGUGGAUAUCAGAUCUGGUGUCUGGAUAUCAGAUAUAGGAGUACAGGGAUCCAGACGGAUAGAGGAUUGGGUCUGGAGACAUGGACAGGAGGUCUGGAUGAGGCAUAGGAACGUCGUCGGAUGUUGGUCCGGAAUGCGGGAUAUGACACAGUUAGUGACAAUUCAAAGGAUAAUAUCUGGAGUACAGACGGGAGUCCGCAAAUGUUUCUUGAAAGGCAUUGGUGUUAUGAAACCAUCAACAAUAAAGGCCUACCAUCCACACAACGAUGGCAUACAAAUCAAAGGGGAUGAAGUUUGGCCCGACUUUAGCAAAGACUGGAGUGAAAAUGCAUCAUGGCACACUCACCUUAUACAGUAUAUCAAGCACAAUAUCAGAUCAUGUCACCCAAUCGUUUCCCAGGAGCUUCUGGCUUCAAAAAUGGAUGAAGACAUCCUCAAGUGCCUCCACGAAAACUUCAAGUAUUAUGCAGCAGAGUACCACAGUGCCAACAAAAUCUUGUUAACAACAGGAAAAUUAGUGUAUCAGAGCACUGAUGAGAGCAUGCCAUCAGAGGAUGAACAUGGAGGAAUCAACCCAGACACAGAUGAGGAAAAAAAUGUUUGCAAGAAGCCACUUGCAAAGGCCAAGGUAUAUGAUGAGCACACAGCUGAAUCAGAUCAGUUCAAUCAAGCCAUGGAUCCCCUCAAUGGCCUUGCACUCGAGGACAAAAAAUUCAGCCAUCGUCAUCCACAUAUCAUUAGUGGUCCAUGCGCGUCUGAACAAGCCCAAGCCAUAUCACAAGGUUUGAACGAUGAAAAAUUAGCAGAUGAUAAAAGAGAGCCACUAGCUGAUGAGGAUGAUGAGGACUUGUACAAUGCCUAG